UAUGUAAAAAAAGAAAAACAAGGAAAAAUAUGAAAAACAUUAGUAAAUGAUGAAGGAUAAAUAAUAACAGAGAUAAACAAAAAAGUCACUAAAAAAACAGAGAGGAUAAGCUCGUUCACUCAAAGGUAUGAUAAAUAAAGGAUAGUCGUAUAGGAUAUGCUAAACAUUUUUAAGAGUUUUAAGAUGAAAUGAAUUAAUUAGGACUCUAAAUAAGAGAUGUUGAAGGGGAUGGAAAUUGCCUUUUUAGAUCAAUAGCAGAUGUAUUACAUGGAGAUGAAAGAUAUCAUAAAUAAUUAAGAAAGUUAGCUGUUUAAACCAUGCAAGAGAAUUAGGAAUUCUUUGGACUCUUCAUUGAAGAUGAUAUGACGUUCAAUUAAUACUUGAAAGAGAUGUCUAAUGAUGGAGAAUGGGGAGGUAAUUUGGAAUUGCAAGCUUUGUCAUAGGCUUUGGAUGUGAACUUUUUUAUUCACAUGAAAGGGAGACCAUGCAUGAUUAUCAAAUCAAUGACUGAUGAAAGACCUUUAAAUGAAGUAAAAUUUUGAUCAUACAAUUAUUAGAAAGACGCACUUCAUUUAGCUUAUCAUUUAAUUGAAAAUGUUGCUGAGCACUACAGUUCAGUUAGAAUGUUAGGAGAUGAUAGCAAUAGGAGAGCGGAACCAAUUCCUUUGGAUAUAUUUGAAGGGUUAUUGGAUACUUUUUAAUAAGCUCCUUUAGGAAAUGAUGAUAACUUUGAGUAAUACGAAGACUUAGAAUAAUUUGAGGAUCCUGAAGAAAGAGAGUAUUUUUAGGCCUUAAGAGAGUAAGAAGAAGCUGAAAAGGCUGCAAAAGAGGCUUAGAGAAAAGCAGAACUUCAAAAAUAUUAAUUGAAAUAGAAAAAAAAUAAGAAGUGCAAUUGUGGCUCAAAUAAAACAUAUAAAGACUGUUGUAUGAAUAUUGACUUAGAGAAAGCAGAGAAAUAGAAAUAACCAAAACAAUAAUAGCAAUAAUAAUAAUAAUAAUAAUAAUAAUAAUAGCAAUAACAAUAACAAUAACAAUAACAAUCUUAUUCAGAAGGGCCCAUGAAAAAAUAAGCUGUGUUUAUAUGA